AUGGCCGUUCCGUGGGGAGUUAUCACGCUGGCGUGCGUCACUGUGAUCUUAUGGAGAUAUUUUGUUCAGGCGCCGGUAGAAGACGCGCAGAGCGGUAGCGAAAUCAACAGCCGAUCUGCGUCAUCGUCGAAGCGCAAGCGGAAAAACAAGAGCAACAAAGGCAAGGCUGCUGCCGGAAAUGAGGUAGAACAGAAAGAGACUGAACGAAAAUCUGGUCCCUCUACAGCUACUGCUGAUGUGUCUGUUGUGCCAGAAAAGAAGCCCGAUGCCGAAGUAGCAGACAGCACGAGUGAAGAUCAGAAAACUGCGAUCUCCGAAGUUGUUGAGUCCCCAGUUGUUGAGUCUACAACUACCGACAAUUCAUAUCUGCCGGGAGACAAGCCACCCGAGGUAUCCAAGGCGCGACCCAAAGUUCUGAAAAUAGUGGGUUCAGCACCUGCUCGUCAACCCAAAAAGCCGAAGCAACCGGCAGAAGAAGAGUUGACGAAAAGGCAAAGGCAAAACAGAAAAAAAUACGAGAUGACGAAAGAAUUGAAGUCUGCUCAAUCGGAAGAACAAGAACGCCGAUUGCGCGAGUAUAAGGCUCAGAAAGCGAGGGAGGCUAUGGCUGAGGUUCAGCGUGCAGAGGCGGCCAAGCGAACUGCUGCUCUAGCAGCUCGCAUACAAGACAACUACGGGACGACAUCUACCGGUGCUAAACCCGCUCGGCCUGCGACCAGCCAGCAGCCUGCAAAACAAUCAAGUGCAAGCAAUGAAGGAGAAUGGAUAGCUGCUGGCGGUAAACGUGCGAAAGCAGCGAAUCCAGGUCGCGAUAUCGGGAGCUCAACUAGCCGGCCCGCAGCCCCUGUAUUUAAUUGGGACGACUAA